GGGAAGAUGGCGGCGCUGAUCCUCCCUAUUGACUGGAUCAAAAACUGGGAAAAAUCCGGAAAAAAUGAGUUCCUGCAACUCUGUCAGGAUCUGGCAGCCAAGGCCAAUGAAGAAGUGUUGCCUAAAGAUCUCCAGAUGGCUUUGUACGAGCUCUGUUGGCACGUCGUCCACGGGGCUCUCAAGGUUGACGUGGCCGCCAGCCUUCUGGCUGAUGUUUUGGAACUAAGGGAAGAAAUGCCGUCCGUCUUAGCUGAUGUUUUCUGUGUACUAGAUAUUGAGACAGCAUGUUUGGAGGAGAAGCACAAGCGUGACCAUUUCAUCCAGCUGGUGGGAGCAUGUUUGAUUUGUGUUCCCGAUGCCAUGCUGAAAGAGAGGCUCGAUCCCGACACGCUGGAGUCUCUCGGGCUGAUCAAACAGGCGCAGCAGUUUAACCAGAAAAGCGUCAAAAUCAAGACCAAACUGUUUUAUAAACAGCAGAAGUUCAACUUGCUGCGAGAGGAGAACGAAGGAUACGCCAAGCUGGUGACAGAGCUGGGCCAGGACCUGUCGAGGAACGUCACCAGCCGCCUCGUUCUGGAGAACAUCAAGUCUCUAAUAGGAUGUUUCAACUUGGAUCCGAACAGAGUGCUGGACAUCAUUCUGGAAGUUUACGAAUGCCGAUCGGACCAGGACGAGUUCUUCGUUCCUUUGAUAAAGUCCUACAUGUGCGAGCAUCAGACCCUCUGCCACAUCCUUGGCUUUAAGUUUAAAUUCCAUCAGGAACCUAACGGUGAAACGCCGCUGUCGUUGUACCACGUUGCCGCCGCUCUCCUCCAACACAACCUCAUCGCUCUGGAGGAUCUCUACGUACAUCUGCUCCCUCUGGACUCCAGCAUUGUAGAAGAACACAAAAGGGAGAUCUUGGAGGCCAAGCAAGUGGCGCGCAAGCUCACCAUGGUGGUUCUGCCCUCAGAGAAGAGCGACGACAAGGACAAGGAAAAAGAGAAGGAGGAGGAAAAGAAUGAAAAGCCUCCCGAUAACCAGAAACUGGGCCUGCUGGAGGCUCUGCUGAGGAUCGGGGACUGGCAGCACGCUCAAAGCAUCAUGGAGCAGAUGCCACCCUUCUACGCCACCUCGCACAAGGCCAUUGCUGUAGCGCUGUGCCAACUACUGCACCUCACUAUGGCGCCUCUGUACAGAAAGGCCGCGCUUCCCAGAGGUGCUAAAGGCUCCGUGCUCAAGCCCCUGUCGAGCCAACAGGCGCCGCCUCCCGCCGAGUCGUUCGAAGAUCUCUCUAAAGAUGCGUUCAGCAUGCUGGGUUACCUGGGCCCGCACCUCUCUCACGACCCCAUCCUGUUUGCUAAGGUCAUACGUCUGGGCAAGAGCUUUAUGAAAGAGUACCAAAGUGAAAGCAAGCAAGAUGCCAAGGAGAAAAUGGACACACUGCUUAGCUGUUUCCUCAGCAUUUGUGAUCAGGUUCUGCUGCCCUCGCUCACGCUCAUGGAAUGUAAUGCCUGCAUGUCUGAGGAGCUCUGGGGCUUCUUUAAGCUCUUACCCUACCAGCACAGGUAUCGUCUUUAUGGCCAGUGGAAAAGCCAGACGUACAGCAGCCACCCGCUCCUGGUGAAGGUGAAAGCCCAGACGGUGGACAGAGCCAAGUACAUUAUGAAGCGACUAACCAAGGAGAAUGUGAAGCCCUCAGGGAGGCAUAUUGGCAAGCUGAGCCACAGUAACCCCACCAUUCUUUUUGAUUAUGUUCUCUCACAGAUCCAGUGGUAUGACAACCUCAUCACCCCGGUGGUGGACUCUCUGAAAUACCUCACCUCGCUCAGCUACGAUGUCCUGGCUUAUUGCAUUAUUGAAGCUUUAGCUAACCCGGAGAAGGAGAAGAUGAAGCACGACGACACGACCAUUUCAUCCUGGCUUCAAAGUCUCGCCAGUCUCUGUGGGGCGGUUUUCAGGAAGUACCCUAUCGAGUUGGGGGGCUUGCUGCAGUACGUGACCAACCAGCUGAAGGUUGGAAAGAGCUUUGACCUGCUAAUUCUGAAAGAGGUGGUGCAGAAGAUGGCCGGGAUUGAGAUCACGGAUGAGAUGACCGUAGAGCAGCUGGAGGCCAUGACCGGAGGAGAGCAGCUUAAAGCAGAGGGAGGAUAUUUUGGCCAGAUCAGGAACACAAAGAAGUCCUCUCAGCGGCUGAAGGACGCUCUGCUGGACCACGAGCUGGCUCUUCCCCUGUGCCUGUUGAUGGCUCAGCAGAGGAACGGCGUGGUUUUCUCCGAAGGUGGCGAGAAGCAUCUUAAAUUAGUGGGCAAACUCUACGAUCAGUGUCACGACACGCUGGUGCAGUUCGGUGGCUUUUUGGCGUCCAAUCUGAGCACGGAGGAUUACAUCAAGCGGGUUCCUUCCAUAGACGUCCUGUGUAACCAGUUUCACACUCCCCACGAUGCUGCCUUCUUCCUGUCCCGCCCUAUGUACGCCCAUCAGAUACUGGCCAAGUACGACGAGCUGAAAAAAGCCGACAAGGGAAACCGGCAGCAGCAGAAGGUCCAGAAGUACAUCUCCGCGUGCGAGCAGGUGAUGGCGCCCGUGCACGAGGCCGUCGUCUCGCUGCAUCUGCCCCGGGUCUGGGACGACCUGCGGCCACAGUUCUACGCCACCUUCUGGUCGCUCACCAUGUACGACCUGGCCGUGCCUCACGCCGCCUACGGGCGCGAGGUCAACAAGCUCAAGAUGCAGAUGAAAGCCAUCGACGACAACGCAGAGAUGCCCAUGAACAAAAAGAAGAAGGAGAAGGAAAGAUGUACGGCGCUGCAGGAUAAGCUGCUGGAGGAGGAGAAGAAGCAGCUGGAGCACGUGCAGAGGGUGCUGAACCGUCUCAAACUGGAGAAGGAUAACUGGUUACUCGCCAAAUCCACCAAGAACGAGACCAUCACAAAGUUCCUGCAGCUCUGCCUGUUCCCGCGCUGCGUCUUCUCCGCCAUCGACGCCGUCUACUGCGCCCGCUUCGUGGAGCUGGUGCAUCAGCAGAAGACUCCCAACUUCUGCACGCUGCUCUGUUACGACCGCGUUUUCUCAGACAUUAUUUACACAGUUGCGAGCUGUACAGAAAACGAAUCCCGGCGCUACGGUCGCUUCCUCUGCUGUAUGUUGGAAACCGUAACGAGAUGGCACAGCGAUAAAGCCAUCUAUGAGAAGGAGUGCGGCAAUUACCCGGGGUUCCUCACCAUCUUCAGAGCCAGCGGGUUUGACGGGGGCAAUAAAGCCGACCAACUCGACUACGAGAACUUCCGACACGUCGUUCAUAAGUGGCAUUACAAGCUGACUAAAGCCUCGGUGCACUGCCUGGAGACGGGCGAGUACACCCACAUUCGCAACAUCCUGAUCGUGCUGACCAAGAUCAUCCCCUUCUACCCCAAAGUGCUGAACCUGGGCCAGGCCCUGGAGUGCCGGGUGCACAAGAUCUGCCAGGAGGAAAAGGAGAAGAGGCCCGAUCUCUAUGCAUUAGCUAUGGGUUACUCAGGCCAAUUGAAAAGCAGGAAAGUGCACAUGGUGCCCGAGAACGAGUUCCACUACAAGGAGCUGGUGAUCAGCGCCAACCACGGUUCCUUGCAGAACGGCCCAGGCAGCUCUGCCAAGACGGGCGCUGCCAACCCUGCUUCGGCUAGCGGUGGGAAGAGCGACGAGGGAGGUGCGGACGAUUCGGAUAAAUCUAAGGACAAGUCUCUGGCGGCUUCCAAAGCAUCCAGCAAGAACCUGACCACGGCGAACAAAGUGAGCAGCAGCAACGGCAGCAGCACACCCAACAGCACUAAGGGAAGUAAAGAGAAAGAGGAGGAGAAGAAGAGUGGAAAGGAGAAAAAGGAAAAGAAGGAGAAGAUAGUUGCCAGCACUCCAGAGGCCAAGGCAGGAGGGAAGGAGAAGCAGAAGGACGAGAAGACGGGCGAGGCCAAGGAAAAAACACCCAAGGCCGAGAAGGACAAGAGAAAGGACGACAAGAAGGACGAGAAGACCAAGAGCGAGGCCAAGGCCGCUGAAAAAGAGUCGUCCAAGGAGCGAGAGGUGACCAAAGAGGGCAAGAUAAAGGAAAGCAGCAAGGGCGAGAAAACCGCUGGAUCCCUAAAGUCUCCGGUUCCCAGAUCUGAAGGAUUAGAGUCUGAACGGGAACAAAAAAGACGAAAGCUGGACACGCACUCUUCGCCAUCGCACUCCUCCGCGGUUAAGGACAAUCUCAAUGAUUUGAAGGACUCAGCCUCCAAGCAUCACGCCAACCACAGCGCAGUCCCAGCCAAGAGCGACGCCGACAAGAAAGAAGGCGAGAAGUCCAGGGGCCGCUCCAAAGAAAGGGACAAGAAGGAGGACAGGAAGGAACGCAAACGAGACUUCUCCAACAGCGACCGAGAGAUGAGCCAGGAAGCCAAGCGGCGCAAAGAUGAGAAUGGUACAAGCUCCUCAAAGCACAGUCGGAGCGUGAGUCCAUCAGACUCUCCCCGCUCCAACGACAAGGACAGCGGCAAGCGCUCCAAAUCCACCAGCAAAGACAAGAGCGAAGUGACCAAACCUGACAAGACCUCCGGAGGCAAAAAGGAAUCCAGACACGACAAAGAGAAGUCGGAAAAGAAGCGAGACAGCACCGGCGCCAAAGAAGAGAAGAAACACCAUAAAUCAUCGGAGAAGCACAGAUAAUGUACGCGGACACGGUGGAGAUGUUCCUGCUGUGAGCUGUGACGAGUCCGAGGACCUCCGUCAGCCGCGUCAGGAUCUCCAAACUUUCCCCUCCCACCACUGUCCGAGCGAAGCGUCCGUGUGCACUCAUGUCAUGUCUGGCCUGCGUAGAGAAACUUUGCUAGAAACGUCGUAGCUUGUAUUUUAACCUGCCAUUUUUUAUCCUAAUGAUUUCAGUGCUGCGACUGAAAGUUGGUUUCUGUAACAAUUUUAGCACAAUGUGCUGCUGUACGUCACUGAUAGAAUCGGGCUCCGAAUUAUGUAGCUCUCAAAUUCGCUUGCAUUUUUAUAACCUGUUAAACUGUUUUUUUUAUGUUUAUUUUUUCUCCCAGUAUUUUUUGUUGUUUCCCCAAACAAAAGCGUCGACCUCAGUUUCAUUCACAGGUUAUUUAUUUUUCUGCUCUUUUUAAUCCGUAUGCGAUGUUCAGGCGUUGGUGUUUAGAGCCGUACACACGAUAUUUGUAUAUUAUGUAUACAUUAAAUAAAAACUGCUACUUGUAAUUCAUUAUUUCCUGUUAACUUUUAUUUCGGACGGGACUCAAAGAAAUUGCUCGUGUGUUUGAUCACGUUUUUAAAGAAGCAGGCUGGAUUUCUUCCUAAAAUAAAUAAGCCGAGUACAUAAAUUGGAAGGUGUUCGUCACUUUGAGAGCUACUUUUGGAGUUUUUAAUGCCCUCAAGUCAUCAAGUGUAUGCCUUUUUCUAAAUAAAGAUAGUUUUUUUUUCAUAA